AUGUCCCAGCGGAUCCUGUCCUAUGGUGCUCGCAAUGGCGGCAUCGUAGCCAUCGUCCUGGGCCUGGUAUGUGCCAUGGGCUCGGGAGUGGCGCUUCCAUUGAUGAAUAUUGUCUUUGGUAAGCUGGUUGGUGGCUUCAAUGAGUAUUUCAUUCCGGGGACGAACGUCAGUGAACAAACCUUCAAGGCCACCUCACUAACCCGGCCAGUUAGUCUGUAUAUUGUAUAUCUCUUCAUUGGAAAAUUCGUCCUCACUUAUAUCUCCAUGAUAUGCUUUCGGAUCGUCAGUCUUCAUGCAUCCGCUUUGUUGCGAUUGGAGUAUGCUCAGGCCCUGUUUGCGCAGCCAGUCAGCAGGCUGGACGAGAUGCCCGUAGGGUCUAUCACCAACGCCAUCACUGGACUGUCCAACACCAUUCAACAAAGCGUCUCCGAUAGACUGGCCGUCCUAUUCCAGGCCGUUGCUCUUCUGAUUGCGGCCUAUGCAAUUGCCUUUCGGUAUUCAUGGGCCCUCACCCUGGUGGUCAGCGCCAGUAUCCUCUUUGUCAUCGUGGGAUACAGUCUCACCGUCCCAUUCCUGAUCAAAGCCCAGCAAAGCAUGGACCAAGCCGACGGCCAGCAUGCCUCGGUCGCGGCAGAAGCAUUGGGCUCCAUCCGUACGGUGCUUUCCCUCGGUGCCGAAGCACCCUUGGCGAGCAAGUACAUUGAGUGGACUCAAGAGGCUCAGCGACGGGGGCUGCGGAUGUCCGCGGUGGCUGGCGUUCACAUCGCCCUCCUGUUCUUUGCGCUCUAUUCUAGCUUCGCUUUAGCAUUUUGGUAUGGGCUAAAACUUUACCGUGACGGCCACAUUUCCAAUAUCAACACCGUUAUUACGGUCUUCUUUUCCGUCCUCAUUGUUGUCGGUGUGCUGGGGAACAUCGCGAGCCCCCUGAUGAUCAUCUCCAAAGCCGUGAGUGCUUCUGGGGCGUUCUUUGGGAUGAUCGACUCCGAGCGUCCCACCCCCGGCGGCCUCCGCGACGCAGACGUGUCUUGUCAGUCCGAUAUCACCAUGGAUAAUGUCACGUUUGCUUAUCCAACACGUCCCCAUAGCAAAGCGCUGGACGGGUUCAGUGCUCGAUUUCAGGGAGGUAAAACAACCGCUUUGGUCGGAGCUUCGGGGUCAGGAAAGAGUACAGUGGUGGCUCUCUUGGAGCGAUGGUACCACCUACAGGACAACGAUGGAAACAUUGCUGUCGGCGAACACUCCAUCCGGGACCUGGAUGUCAAGUGGUGGCGCUCCCAUAUUGGUUUGGUGCAACAGGAGCCCUUCCUCUUCAACGAUUCCAUCUUCAACAAUGUCGCAUAUGGGCUCAUUGGAUCUCCCUGGGAGGAUCAAUCGGACGCCAUCAAGUUGGACCUGGUCGUCCAAGCAUGCAAGGAAGCGUAUGCAGAUGACUUCAUCCAGCGUUUACCAUUGGGAUACACCACCACUGUUGGGGAAAGCGGCAUCACGCUCAGCGGGGGCCAACGCCAGCGUCUCGCCAUCGCGCGCAGCAUUGUUAAAAAGCCCCCAAUCCUGAUCCUAGACGAGGCGACUAGCUCAAUCGAUGUUCGUGGCGAGAAGCUGGUUCAAACCGCCCUAGAUCAAGUGGCGACCGGGCGCACCACGAUCAUGAUUGCCCACCGGCUGUCCACGGUUCGUCGGGCGGACCACAUCAUGGUAAUGCAGCAUGGAACGGUCAUUGAGGAGGGCUCUCAUGAGCACCUUAUCGCCCGAGGCGGUGUCUAUCAUGGCUUGGUUUAUGCCCAGCGGUUAGAGCCAUUGUCCGAGGUUUCCGAAAACAAGGUCGAAGGUGAAAUCCUCUCCUCGAAGGAAGACCCCCAAGCCAACCACUACCCGGUGGCCGACCCCGACGAUCCCACGAGUGGGGAGGAUGCCCCAAGCAGGAGCAUAAGCUUUUUCAAGAGCUUUCGGAUUAUCUUCAGGGAACAAAGCCAUCACUGGAUCCUUUACGUGUGCAUUCUGGUGGGAGCACUUGGUGCGGGUUCGGGCUUUGCCCUUCAGAGUUGGCUCGUCGCAAAGCUAGUUCAGGUUUUUCAGUUCAGUGGCCAAAAGCUGGCAGAUGCUGCCAACUUCUGGUCUUUGAUGUUUUUUAUCCUGGCCUUAGCGAUGGCAGUAUGCUACUAUGCGCUCGGGACGGCGUCGAACUCCAUUUCCAUGUUCGUGGCCUCUACUUAUCGACAGGAUUAUUUCUUAAAUCUUCUUCGGAAACCUGUAUCCUACUUUGACCUCCAACCGAACUCGUCAGGAAGCCUGGUCUCCCGUCUCGCCACGGAUCCCAAGCAGCUCCAGGACUUGUUCGGUCCCACGGGGGUCUUCCCUCUCAUUUCGGUGUUUAAUGUCACCGGUUGCGUGACGAUUUCCUUCGUAUUUGGCUGGAAGUUGGCCGCGGUGACCUUCUUCGCGGCAAUGCCCUUUCUAUUCCUAGCGGCUUUUAUGCGAAUCCGAUAUGAAAUUAUGUUUGAGAAUAUGAACGCUGAAGUGUACGCGAACAGCUCGAAGCUGGUUAUGGAAUCCAUGAAAGGCUUUCGAACCGUCACUUCCUUGACCAUGGAGGAUACGAUUAUCCGAAAAUAUUCCACCCUUCUCAGAGAGCAGCGACAAAAGGCGAUGCGAAAAGCAUGGGUUGGGACUUUGGUGUUUGCCUUUUCUGACAGCGUGGAGUUGUGUGCAAUGGCGCUCACCUUCUGGUACGGGGGUCAGCUUCUCGCUUCACGUGAGUAUGACACGGUCGCGUUCUUUGUCGUGUAUAUUGCGAUCAUCCAAGGAGGACAGUCCGCUGGACAAUUCUUCAGCUUUGGCCCCAACAUUGCGCAGGCCAAAGCCUCUGCGAACCGCAUCUUAAAGGAACGAGACACUCCUGAAGUAAUUACCAAGGACCCUGGAGCCGAAACGCUACCCGCUACUGAUCGCCGGUACACGGCCGACGUGGAGUUUCAAGGGGUUUCCUUCCAGUAUCCGGCUCGCUCGACCCCAACCUUUGAGGGCUUGGAUUUGUCGAUUCCCAGUGGGUCGUUUGUGGCCUUUGUGGGAGCGUCUGGCUGUGGCAAGUCGACGAUCAUCUCGCUGCUAGAGCGAUUCUACGAACCAACCGGAGGCUUCAUUCUAUUCGGAGGACGGGACAUUCGCUCCAUCGAGCUCCCAUCCUAUCGUCGUGCCCUGUCGCUGGUCGCGCAAGAACCCCAGUUGUUUGGCGGGACUAUCCGGGACAACCUCCUACUCGGUCUGGAAACGACCGAUGAAGGGGUCUCUGAUGCGAUGGAGCAGGCGUGUAAAGAUGCCGAAAUCCACGAUUUCAUCACGUCCCUGCCCAUGGGGUACUCAACCGAGCUUGGGGUCAAUGCGCAAUCUGCACUGAGCGGCGGUCAAAAGCAGCGCCUGUGCAUCGCCCGGGCCCUGCUGCGAAAGCCCCGGCUGCUGCUGCUAGACGAGGCGACCUCGAGCCUGGAUUCCCAUUCGGAAAAGGUGGUCCAAGAUGCGAUGGAACGGCUCGCAGCCAAACGGGACAUGACGAUCAUCGCUGUAGCGCAUCGUUUGGCCACCAUUCAGAAGGCGGACGUCAUCUUUGUAUUCGGCGAGGGUUCCGACGGCCGGGGGUCACGGAUCCUUGAGAAGGGAAACCACCACGACCUGCUUCGCCGGAAGGGGAUGUAUUGGCAGAUGUGUCAAGCACAGGCGUUGGACCAGUAGCUCUUCAUAUGGUGAUAUUGGACGUGUGGUUAGAACCCGAGUAUCGGUGAAGGUUAAACCGGGAUGACCUAAAAGUUUGUAGCAUCACUUUUCACUUAUCUGUACAUGUACAUGUUCGAGGCU